UUGCAUUUUCAAUCCAUAGCAAUGAAUAUUGCUGCUCCAAGUAUUGAAAAUGCUGGACCUUUCACUCGUGCAUGUGUAUGGCACAAGUUAUUGGCCAAUAAGAUAGUCGAAGUGGCAGAGAAGAUUAAGAAAUUGGGACAAGAUGAUCCAAGGAGAAUUGUCCAUUCGCUAAAAGUAGGACUGGCUCUAACAUUGGUUUCCUUAUUCUACUACAUCCAACCACUCUAUGAUCGUAUUGGUGAAAAUUUAAUAUGGGCUGUCAUGACAGUCGUUCUUGUCUUUGAGUUUUCUGUUGGAGCAACUCUGGGAAAAGGCUUAAACAGGAUGCUAGCAACGUUUUCAUCUGGUGCUCUAGGUUUUGGAGUUCAUUACCUAGCAACUUUGGCUGGUGAGAAAGGAGAGCCCAUUGUACUUGGAUUCUUCGUCGUUAUAAUAGCUGCAACAGUAACAUUUGUAAGAUUCUUUCCCACAAUGAAGACAAGGUAUGAUUAUGGGCUCCUCAUAUUCAUAUUGACUUUCACCUUAGUAUCUGUUUCGAGUUACCGAAAAGAUAAGGUGCUACGCAUGGCCCAUCAAAGGGUAACCACAAUCAUCAUGGGUAGCUUUAUCACUUUUGUUACAUGCAUCUGUAUAUGUCCCGUUUGGAUUGGAGAGGAACUUCAAAAUUUGGUAGCUAACAACAUUGAAAAGCUUGGGAAUUUCUUACAAGGAUUUAGUGGUGAAUACUUCAAAAUAUCAGAGGAUGGACAACCCUUGUGUGAUAAACCAUUUCUUCAAGGAUAUAAAAGUCUUCUCACUUCAAAAAACACUGAAGAAACUAUGGCUAAUCUAGCAAGAUGGGAACUGUGGCACUAUCGUUUUGGGUUCCGUCAUCCUUGGAAACAAUACGUUAAAAUUGGAACCCUAACUAGGCAAUGCGCUUACAAAAUUGACACUCUUAACAACUGCCUUAACUCUAAGAUUCAAACGCUCAAUGAGUUCGGAAGCAAAAUUCAAGAUCCAAGCACAAAAAUCUGCUCAGAAUCUGGAAAAGCUCUCAGGGAAUUAGCAUCAACAAUCAAAAAAAUGAACCAAUCAACAUCAGUUAAUGCCCACAUUGAAAACUUAAAAACCGCUACUGAAAACCUGAAAUUCAUGCUUGAUACAUACCAUUUGAAAGAUGCUAAUCUCCAAGAUAUCAUACCAUCUGCAGAAGUUGCUUUAACUCUAAUCGCUGUUGUACCAUGCAUCGUGAAGAUUGCCGAUGCAGUUCAUGAAUUAGCCUCCCUUGCACAUUUCAAGACUCCGGCCACAAGAGUGUCACCAUUUGGAGUCACAGCUUAUGAUGACCCUAUGGAGGCACUUACCCAUCUUAAGCAAACUUCAUCUGUGGUAGCUUAUAAAGGUGAUUUUGAAAUUCUCUCUAACAAGCUUGUGGGGUUAUCUAAGUCUCACAAACUUAGCUAUUUUUUGAGUGGAUUGAAGGAUGAAUUUAGACUACUUGUGAGAAUGUUAGUACCUAAGUCCCUUAAUGAAGCAUUUGGGUUAGCUAAAAUCCAGGAAGAGUAUUUGCUAAGUAGUAGGAAAGGAUUUAGGGGUGGUGUAAUUGAUAAUGGGAAACUUUCAAUUCUCGGAUUGCCUAAGUUUGAGAAUAACACUGAUCAGAAACUCAAGCUUCCAUUACAAAGGUUAACUAGUGCUCAAAUGGAGGAAAGGAGGAAACUUGGACUUUGUUAUAAAUGUGAUGAAAAAUGGCAAAUGGGGCAUAGGUGUAAGGAAGCUAAGUUGUUUUUACUUGAAGGGUGUGAUAUGGAGAUUGAACAAAAAUCUAGGGUGCAAUUGGUGGAGUUGGAAGAUGAUGGGGUGAUGUUGGGACAUCAAGAAGUUGUGUAG